CAGUCGCAAUAGAACCUGCUGCUGCAGCAGCAGAAGCAGCUCCAGUCGCAAUAGAACCUGCUGCUGCAGCAGAGGAAGCAGCUCCAGUCAUAGAAGAACCCGCUUUAGUAGCAGUGGAAUCUGCUCCAGUUGCAGAGGAACCAGCUGCAGCAGCAGUGGAAACAGCUCCAGUAGUUGAAGAACCAGUUGUAAUAGCAACUGCCCCAGCAGCAGAAAAAAUGGUUCUGGCAGUGGAAGAGUCAGCCCCAGUAGAGCUCCCAGAGGCCGUCACAGCAGCAGCAGAGGAACCUGUGCAAAGUGAACCUGAACCUGAACCUGCAGCUGCACCUGCACCUGAAGUCCUACCUGUAGAAGAACCGGCUGCAGUUGUGGAAUCUGUGCCAGAAAUAGAGGUUGUUCCUGUCAUCACAGAGGAAGCACCAAAGGAACAAGAGCCAGAAGCCAUCCCAGAGACUGUUACUGAGCCUGAAGUGACUGUGGAGGAGACAGUGGUGCCUGCUGCUGUCCUUGAACCUGAGCCAGUGGCUGAACCAGCUGCAGUAUUGGAGCAAGCCCAAGAACCAGAGAAAAUCCUAGAGCCAGAGCCAGUGAAAGCUCCCGAGCUGGAACCCGAACCAGAGCAAGCCCCGGCUCCAGAGAAAUUACCUGAACAAGAGGUAGAGCAGGAACCAGAGCCAGAGCUAGAACAAUCACCAGAGCCUGCAGAACCAGAGAAAGUACUGCAACCAGAGCCUGAGCAAGAGGCUCAACCAGUGGAACCAGCAGCAGAGGAACAAGUAGAAGAAGCUGAGCCAGAACCGAUCGUAGCCUCUCAGACUGUGGAGGUAGAAGUACCUGAGAUCUUGGAGACUGCAGCAGAGGAGAUCACCGCAGCUGAGCCACAAGCACCAGAACCCAUCCCUGAGAUCUUCAUCUCAGAGUCAGUAUCUGCCAGCGAUAUCACCGCUGAGUCUGAAAAGGUCGCUGAAGCCUCUGCGGAAGAGGUGCCUAGCCCGAAAGAGGUCGAAAGCAAGAUGGAGAAUGGAGAUCUAGAGAGCCCUUCUGUUGCAGAGGAUGCGGCAGAAGUAGUUGCAAUUCCAGCUGUGAAUGGAGAGUGCACAGAUUCCGCUACCACUACUGUCACGCCGACAAAGGAGUGUGUUAAUGGAAGUGAUGAGCCAGAGGAGAUCCCUAUUAAGGAGAAGAGUGACUUUGAUCUGAAAAAGGACAUGAACCUGAGCGGGGAUGUCCAGGAAGUUCCCGACGCAGUUCCCGACAUGGUGGAGGGUCUUGGCACCGAGGUCACCCAAGCGGUCUGAUGAAAUGUCGCCUUUCAAGUCAAUGUGAAUUCAGUUUUAAUCCUCCGAUGGUGCGGAAGAGUCAUCAAGGUAUCACAAACACAGCUAGGCUUUCUGAAAUGCCGUAACCAUCGCAAUGUCUAUAGUGGUAACUCAGGCAAAAGGAUGUUUCCUUUGAGUGACCGAAAACGAAAUGCAACCACUUUAAGGUUAAAAGAGAGAGAGGGAGGUAGAGAGAGGUAGAGAGACAGAGGGAGAGAUAGAGAUUGAGAUGGAAGUGCAGACUUUGAGUUUGGGAUUUGAAGGACGAGUAAAGACAGACGGUGAAACUUUGACAGCAGAGUGAAUAUACUGGACAGUAACGAUGAUAUUAAUGAAUGAAAUGAAUAAAUCUGUGUUUGUGUGUGAGCCCAGUGAAUAUUACAAAGUGGUUUAUCGGAACAGCAUUCAUUAUUAUUAUUAGUAUAUUAUCUGAUUUAGAAUUUCAUAUAUCCUUUCUAUUACUACACGGAGAGACAUGACAAAAAAUGUUUU